UUUAUGACAUAUCUGAAAGAAAUUUUUUACAAAAAAUAAUCUAAAAGUAUUUUGGAAUUUGGAUACAAAGCUGAGGAGGUUGAUCAUUAACAAAGAAGGAAGCUGUAAGUUUCACUGAAUUUGAUUAAGCUGCAAUUGUGAAAGUUGCAUUGCCAAUGGAGCUCGACAUCCACUCCUUCCUCCCUUCCGACGAAGAAGAUGACACCGCCGAUCACCACCGUCGCACCGUCGACGACAUCCUCAACGACUGUUCAUCUUCCUCUUCUUCUUCUCCCUCUCCUCCUUCUUCGCCUUCCACUUCUUCUUCUAAACCCUUCCACCCGCUUCAAAAUCCCCAAACUACCCUUCCGAUCCCUCAAUCUCAUCCUCAUCAAUAUAAUUCAGCAAGACCCGCUUCCUUCUCUCGGGUCAAACCUCAUGACCCGUUUUCCAACCGAGUCACGCGCCCGCCGCCGUUUUCCUCGCUGCUGGGCGGUGUUAGGUCUAAUGCCAAGCCUGGCGCUGCGCUGGCGGCGGCUGCGGCAGCUUCUAGAUCCGUCCCGACGCCGCAUGCCGCCGCGAUUAAGUCACGGAGGAGUUUGCAGAAGCUCGCGGCGUUGGGAAGUGGGGAAUUGAGUAGUUCGAUCGGUGGAAUUGGCGAUGAUUCUGAUGUUUCUUCUAGAAGUGAGUUGGGAGAGGGGACUAGUGACAGAUUCGAGGGGUUUGAGUCUGGUGUGGUUGAGAAAUUCGAUGAGUUAGAAAGGAAAGUUGAGGAUUUUAGGGAUCAUAGUGAGAGUAGUGGUGGUGUUGGUGUUGUUGAUGCUGAGGUUGAUGGUGGUGCUAACAUUGGGGUGGAGAAUGAUUCUGAGAAGAGGGAUUUAGAUGAGGUUGACAAUGAGAAUGAUGAUUCUGAGAAGAAUGUAGUUAGUUCUGCACCUUUUGACCAUGAUGAUGAUGAUGUUGAUAAAGAGAACGAGAAGAAAAUUGAUGCAACUAUUAUUACUAAUGUUGUUGUUGAUGAUGAUCUUGAUGUUGGUGAGAAGGGGAUAACUGAGGACGGAUUGAAGAGUGAGAUCAUUAUGGUAAGAGAAGAGGCAGUGAAUGAUGGUACUUUUGUGGAACAGAGUAAGAAUGAGGUGAAUGAUAUUGUAGGUGAUGGUGAUGGUGAUGGUGAUGAUGGUGGUAGUUUGGUAAGUGAUGAUGUUAGUGAGUUGGUUGAGGAGAGGCUUGAGGAGAUGAAAAGUAAAAGUGCUGCUAAGAUAGCAGAGAAGAAACUAGAGUCUUUGAAGAAGCCGCUUGAAUUGGCAGAAGAAUUGGAGAAGAAGCAUGCUUCCACUGGUAUGCAUUUGGAAGAGGGCGCUGCUGCGCAGCCUAUGAGACUAGAGGGCGUUAGGAGGGGCUCCACAACACUUGGAUAUUUCGAUGUUGAUGCAGAUAAUGCUGUCACUAGGGCCAUCUCGUCCCAAGCAUUCAGGCGGGAACAUGGUUCUGCACAAGUGUUGGCAGCUCAUGCCAAUUACAUUGCAGUAGGAAUGGCCAAGGGACUCAUUGUUGUAGUGCCAAGCAAGUAUUCCAUUCAUCAUGCUGACAGCAUUGAUGGAAAGAUGUUGAUGCUUGGUAUGCAAGGUGAUCGAACACAUGCUCCUGUAACAUCCAUGUCUUUCAACCAGCAAGGAGACCUUCUUUUAGCUGGUUAUGGGGAUGGUCAUGUCACAAUUUGGGAUGUACAGAAAGGUGUAGUGGCAAAAGUUAUUAGUGGAGAGCAUACAUCACCGGUGGUACAUGCAUUUUUUCUUGGACAGGAUCCUCAGAAUACUCGUCAAUUUAAAGCCGUCACUGGGGAUUGUAAGGGUCUGGUUCUCUUACACAGUAUCUCAGUGGUCCCUUUGCUUAAUAGGUUCACCAUUAAAACUCAGUGUCUUCUUGAUGGGCAAAAAACGGGCUUGGUACUGUCAGCUUCACCACUCCUUCCUGAUGAAUAUAGUGGUAGUGCGUCACCUUAUUCCCAGGGGAACACCACAGCCGCAGCCAGCAGUAUAAGUAGCAUGAUGGGAGGUGUUGUUGGGGGAGAUGCUCCUUGGAAACUCUUCAACGAUGGCUCUUCUUUGGUUGAAGAAGGCGUCGUUGUAUUUGUCACACAUCAGACUGCUUUGGUGGUACGACUAAGUCCUACAUUGCAAGUUUAUGCCCAACUUUCUAGGCCAGAUGGAAUUCGGGAGGGUUCCAUACCAUAUACCGCAUGGAAAUACCUGGCACAAACAUGUAGUUCUGCUGAAAAUACGUCGGCUGAUGCUGUUGAAAGAGUAUCGUUGCUUGCAAUUGCCUGGGAAAGGAAGGUUCAGGUUGCGAAAUUGAUAAAAUCUGAAUUAAAAGUAUAUGGAAAAUGGUCUCUUGACAGUGCAGCCAUAGGUCUGGCAUGGUUGGAUGAUCAGAUGCUGGUAGUUCUCACUUCGACUGGACAAAUGUAUCUAUGUGCCAAGGAUGGAACUGUGAUUCACCAAACAAGCUUUGGUGUAGACGGUAUUGGAGGCGAUGAUCUGAUUUCUUAUCAUACUCACUUCAUCAAUAUAUUUGGAAACCCUGAGAAAGAUUAUCAUAACUCUGUCGCUGUAAGAGGAGCUUCUAUUUACAUACUUGGUCCGAUGCAUCUUGUUGUUUCCCGUCUUCUUCCCUGGAAAGAACGUAUUCUAGUUUUGCGGAAAGCGGGUGACUGGAUGGGUGCCUUGAACAUGGCAAUGACUCUUUAUGAUGGCCAUGCUCAUGGGGUUGUUGACCUUCCUAGAACCUUGGACGCGGUGCAUGAGGCCAUAAUGCCCUUCUUGUUGGAGUUGCUUACAUCAUAUGUUGAUGAAGUAUUCUCCUAUAUUUCAGUAGCCUUCUGCAAUCAAAUUGGAAAACUGGAUGAAUCGAGUGAUUCAAGUAGCAGAAGUAAUUCAGUGCAUUCUGAGAUAAAGGAGCAAUACACACGCGUUGGUGGAGUUGCUGUUGAAUUCUGUUGUCAUAUCAAACGGACAGACAUCCUUUUUGAUAAAAUUUUCUCGAAGUUUGUGGAUGUUAAUGUUCAACAGAGAGAAACAUUUUUGGAGCUUCUGGAGCCAUAUAUUUUGAAGGACAUGCUUGGAUCUCUACCACCGGAGAUUAUGCAAGAACUGGUAGAGCAUUAUAGUGCUAAAGGGUGGUUACAACGGGUUGAGCAAUGUGUACUUCACAUGGAUAUUUCAUCAUUGGAUUUUAAUCAGGUGGUCAGAUUAUGCCGGGAGCAUGGCCUGUAUAGCGCCCUGGUGUAUCUCUUUAAUAAAGGACUAAAUGACUAUAGGGCACCUCUGGAGGAGCUCUUUGAAGUAUUACAAAAUAGCCAAAAGGAUAGUGCUGUCGCACUUGGGUAUAGAAUGCUGGUUUACCUCAAGUACUGUUUUACAGGUCUUGCUUUUCCACCAGGCCGUGGAACUAUUCCUCCUACACGGUUGCAAUCUCUUAGAAAGGAACUUGUAGAGUUUUUGUUAGAAGACUCUAAUGCUUCGAAAUCACAGGCAAAAUCAAACUUAGUUGCAAAACAACCCUGUCUGAAUGUAUAUCUUCUCUUAGAGUUGGACACUGAAGCUACAUUAGAUGUCCUUAGAUGUGCGUUUGAUGAAGAUGAAAUUUCAAUUACUGCUUCAUCUUCACUGAACUCGGUUGAUCAAUCCAUUGAAGAAGCAAAGGAAGAAAAUGGUGUUACUGAACAUCAAAGUACUUUGGUUCAGAACACAGUAGAUGCUCUUGUUAAAUUAAUUGAUAUGAAAUCUGUUUCACCAGACACGACCUCUAGCAGUGGUGAUGAUGGGUUGAUAAAAGAGUGGCCAUUGAAGGACAUGGGUUAUCUGUUUGAGUUCAUUGCCUAUUAUGUCGCUCUCCAAAGAGCCAAAAUCUCAAAGAAUGUACUGUGUCAAAUAUUUGAAUAUUUGACAUCAGAGCGGUACUCUGCAACAAAUGUCUUGGUUCAUGGUUCAACUCCAAAAAAUAGAGAGAAACAAGUGCUUGCACUUUUGGAAAUACUGCCUGAUUCAGACUGGGAUGCAUCAUAUGUACUAGAACUUUGUGAGAGAGCUCAAUAUCACCAAGUUUGUGGAUUUAUUCAUUCCAUUAGACAUGAGUAUGUGGCUGCACUGGAUAGUUACAUGAAAGAUUUUAAUGAGCCUGUUCAUGCUUUCUCCUUUAUCAACACAAUGCUCUCACGGUUGACUAACAAAGACCAUGCUACUAUUCGAUCAGACAUCAUAUCUCGAAUUCCUGAGUUGGUUGAACUAAGCAGGCAGGGCACAUUUCAUAUGGUUAUCAGUCAUUUUAGUGAUGAAAAUUCUCGUAUCAUCACUGAACUUCACUCUCAUCCAAGAAGUCUGUUCCUUUAUUUAAAGACACUCAUUGAGCUUCACUUGUUUGGUACCCUAGACUUGUCUAAUUUGAGAAAGGGUAAUCUUUCUAAUGAAAAGCCAUUUAAGGAUGACUCACAAGUACUAAGUGAUUAUAUAGAAAAUAUAUCUAAUUUCCCCAAAUACAUUCGUGAAAAUCCUAUCCAUGUACCUGAUGAUCUGAUUGAGCUUUACCUAGAGUUACUAUGCCAGUAUGAAGGUGGUUCAGUUCUCAAGUUUCUUGAAAAGUUUGAUAGCUAUCGCGUGGAGCAUUGUUUACGCCUAUGUCAACAGUAUGGCAUUAUAGAUGCUGCUGCAUUCUUACUAGAAAGAGUUGGUGAUGUGGGUAGCGCUCUUGUACUUACACUCUCUGAUUUGAAUGAUAAGUUUGUUGAAGUUGAUGAUGCUGUGGAAGCUGUAGUCUCAAAACGUUCCUUACGUGGUUCUUCCCAUACAGAAGUUUUCAACGCUGUCUUAAGAAUGAAAGAGGUAAAUGACAUGCUCAAUUUACUACGUGCCUGUAUUGGUCUGUGUCAGCGGAACACCCCUCGACUAAAUCCUGAGGAGGCAGAAGCUCAUUGGUUUAAACUACUUGACUCAUUUUGUGAGCCAUUUAUGGAUUCAAAUGUUGAAGACAGAGCAUAUGAAAGAAAACAUUAUUUUGGGAUGCUAGAUGGACCAGAAAAUUCACAACCGGAUAAUGAAAGCUAUAAGAGCAGAUGGAAAAUAUCUAAGUCUCGUAAUGGUCAUAUAAUGAGAAAACUGCUAAGCCAGUUUAUCAAAGAAAUUGUUGAGGGAAUGAUCGGUUUUGUUCACCUUCCAACUAUCAUGUCUAAACUGCUUUCUGAUAAUGGAACUCAAGAAUUUGGGGAUUUCAAAUUUACCAUAUUGGGCAUGCUGGGAAUAUACGGCUUCGAAAGAAGAAUUCUGGAUGCCGCGAAAUCCUUGAUAGAGGAUGAUACAUUUUAUACUAUGAGUUUACUCAAGAAAGGGGCCUCUCACGGAUAUGCUCCGAGGACUAUACUGUGCUGUAUUUGCAAUGGCCUGCUCACGAAGAACUCCACUAGCUCUGGAAUUCGAAUUUUCAACUGCGGUCAUGCAAGUCAUCUACACUGCGAAGGUUUAGAAAUCGAGUCAUCAAGAAAAGGAUCUGCAUCUGGAUGCCCGGUAUGCAUGCCUAGCCAGAAACCCCAGCAGUCUAGAAACAAAUCAGCCAUUGUUGACAAUGGCUUGAUCAGCAGAUUCUCUACAAGACGCCAACCCCCACAUGGAAGCCCCAUUCCUCCGCAUGAAAAUGAUUUAGCAGAGAAUUCUUAUGGACAUCAGCAGAUAUCACGGUUUGAGAUCUUGAACAGCUUGCAGAAAAAUGAGAGAUUUAUUCAGAUAGAAAACUUGCCUCAAUUGAGGCUUGCCCCACCUGCUGUAUACCAUGAAAAGGUAAAUAAGGUGAUAGAUUUUCAUGCUGGGGAAAGUAGCAGUAGUAGUUCUGCAGUUUUGGAGAAACAAAGUAGAAACAACAAGCAAAACCGGGAGCUAAGAGUUAAGGGUUCAUCAAUCAGAUUUCCCUUAAAAUCAACUAUAUUUGGCAAGGAGAAGAAUAAUAAGAGGUGAUUUCUAUUUUUUUCAAGGACAGAGGGAGCAGUGUUUUAUGUGAGACAGAGGUUUAACACUAACCAACUAACUGUACAGGCUAACAUUAGAUACAUCUUCCCUUUUAGUUUUGUCUAUAAAGCUUUGGAUUUCAUUACUCGCUUCAGGAACCAUUAUUAUUCUUUUUGUAUCAUUCUACUUUAUGUAAAUGCUACUAACUGUUGUAACCACACACACAAGGUUUUAUGUAUACGCUGGAAAGGUCAUUGUAGUAAGUGUGAGAUAUAUUCUAAUGUGAUGAGGGAAACUUUUGAUUCCUCUCCUUAUUUUGUAA